AUGUGUAUCUGGGCUUAUACAAACGAGUUAGAACUUGAGGUUGCUCACCUGCAGGCAGAAAAUGCAAGACUCAGGAGACAACAAGAACAGUCCAAUGAUUUUGAGUGGUAUGAUUCUGAUACUUCAGUUAUGUUUGUGUGUGUGCGUGUUUGUGCAGUUAAGAAUGGCGGCAGCAAAUCAAAAACCCAAAAAGAACACACUUCAACGGUCUUCCACAGCUCCAUUUUGAGAAAUCUACAAGUCCUUGUUUCUCUUUUGGGGAUUGAGAGUCUCUGA